AUGUCAUCCCCUCGAUGCCCAUCGAAAUCGACGUAUCAGCAAUUCAGCCACGCUCCGAAUAUGCAUGAUGACGGAUAUAGUCCUGAUGAGCUAAUGACAAUGCCAUGUCAAGAUGGUACAAUAUUGUACGAGACCUGGGACCGUCGCCUUCUUAUGGAGAUAAUUCGUCGUGACGACGUUACAUCUCUGGAGCAGUACCUCGCCAUUGACCCUCAAGCGGCCGGAAACGAGUCUGAGGAAUCUUUCGAGUACUACUCUCCCUACUAUGCCGCAGUUGAUAACGGAAGCCUUGGAGCACUUCGAGUCCUUCUGCCUCAUCAGGAAACAAUUACCAUAGAACCUGGAUUUGUUAGCUAUAAAAAACUCGGAUUCACCCUACUCAAUGAAGCCGCACGAAGAGCUGAUAUUGAGAUGGUACAAUUCUUGCUCGAUAACCAGCCAGCUUAUGCUGAUAUCAACGAGCGUGAUGUCAAUGGCUGCACCGCUAUUCUGUCAGCUGCUGACAUCUAUUCAACCUUGUAUGACGAGCCUUUCAACUUGCAACCGUCGGCGCAAAAAGGCGAGACCGUCAUGAACAUGUUGUUGGACCGGGGUGCUUCUGCUUCCGAUGUUGUUGUACCUUUUCGGGAUGAUAUGGGUACACCUGAAACUGUUCUGACAUUGGUGGCACGAUGGGCAGGCCCAGAAAUUAUCAAGAAGCUUAUCAAUGGCGGCGCUGAUGUUCAUGCCAAGAUCACGAGAGAUCCUUUUUGCCUGACAAUGGACUUUGGCAUGGGUCCUAUUGCCAACAUGACUGCGAUUUCCAUGGCAUCUUUCCAUGCCAACGUCGCUGCCAUACAGACUUUCAUCGACUGCCGAGGUAGUGGAGUCGAGAUUGCAGACAUAAUAUCAUUUCGAGACAGUAGUGGGAGCAAUCCAUUACAUUGGUUGACUCGCAACUAUAUGGCUCAAGAACAACCCUGUAUUCGGUCAAGGGCACAGCAGGAAGAAAAGAUUAAAGACAUUAUCGACACCGCUGGCCUGUUGUUAGACAUCGACCCUCACGCAAUCAACAACCAGGACUGCACAGAAAACACGCCAUUACAUUAUGCUACACAGCACACUGCUCAGCAAUACGAAAACUAUACUGCUGUCAUUGAAUUGCUUUGCAAAAACGGUGCUGACGCAAGCAUAAGAAAUGAUAUGGAUGAGACGCCACUACACACCCUGAUCAGCCACCAUAGAAUAUCACUCAGAGCUAUGAGUAUUCUACUUGCCCACGGCGCCCGUGUCACGGACACCGACAAGGAGGGAAAUUCGCCUUUACAUCUGGCAGUAGCUGCAAGAAGUAAUGUGGACGUGAUUUCAUUUUUGCUGGAACAAGGAGCCGACGCCAAUUUGAUGAACAUGGAGCACAACACGCCCCUUCACGUUGCUGCUCUACAUUCCCUUUGGGUUAGAAAUCCUAACGACAAGACAAAUAAGUAUCAAGAACAUGUCAGGGCAAUUUUAGAAGAGGCUGCAGGGAAAACAGGGAUCGAUAUGCUGAAUGGUGAUGGAAAGACGGCGCAACAGGAACGCAAGGAGCUGAUGGAAUUAAGGAGAAAAGAAGAGAUUGAACGGGAGGCGUCCCGAGAAAGACGGGCCCAGCAAAUGAGGAAUCGCAGUGGUUAA